UCUUAUAUGUAUAUAUCACACUCAAUGCAUUGUUUCAAUUUUUACUCGUAAUAUCCGUCAUCUCUAUCCUUUCCAACGCACACAUUUCAACGCAACACGAUAAUUUCCCUUUCAUCACACUAUGUGCACGUUAGAAAAGUCCGGCAACAUCUUCUAUCUUACACUUACCGGCGACGAUGAACACCGUUUAAACCCUACUCUAAUCGCCACCCUCCGUUCAUCACUUUCCCAAAUCAAAUCCCAAGCCGUUAACGGCUCCGUUUUAAUCACAAAAGCAAACGGCAAAUUCUUCUCUAACGGCUUUGAUCUAAAAUACGCACAAGCUGGCGGCUCACCACAAGCCGCCAAAGAUCGCUUACUCAACAUGGUCGAUUUAAUGAAGCCGUUGGUCUCCGAUUUCAUGUCCCUACCAAUUCCGACAAUCGCCGCCGUUACCGGCCACGCUGCGGCGGCGGGGCUGAUGUUAGCCAUGUCUCAUGAUUACGUCACCAUGAGAUCGGAUAAAGGUGUGGUGUAUAUGAGUGAAUUGGAUAUAGGCAUGACAUUGCCUGACUAUUUUAUGGCAUUGAUAAGGGGGAAAGUUGGAUCAGCUGGUGCGAGGAGGAGUUUGGUGUUGAAAGCAGCGAAGAUAAGGGCGGAGGAAGCGGUGAAGAUGGGAAUUGUGGAUAUGGCGGAGCCUACGGCAGAGGCGGCGGUGGAAGCGGCGGUUAAAUUGGCGGAGGAGUUGGGGAAGAAGAAGUGGAAUGGGAAAGCGUAUGCUGAGAUUAGGAAAUCUUUGGUACCGGAAUUGUGUGGGAUUUUAGGGUUGAAAGAAACUGUUGUCAUGCCUUCACGUCUCUGAGAUCAUUCUCUUCUUUUUGCCAACUUAGAAUUUGGUGUUUUCUAUUUCUCCUCCUUACAACAAAUAUUGAUGAUAAUAAUAAUAAUAAUAGUAAUA